AUGAUAAAGGAAGAAGAUGAACAAUUAAUUAAAAAAGAAGUUAAAUCUAUUUCAAUUGAAGAUGAUCUUUAUGAUGAAGAUAGUUAUUGUUUGGAUUGUGGGCAAUUUAAAACACACUACUCCAGACAUUGUAGUAGUAUUCAUCAACAAGUUAAUGUUAAUAAAGUUAUAAUGGAUCACUGUAAACGUUAUCCCAGAGAAUCAUUUAGAGCGAGAGAUGCCGAAUGGGAUAGAACAAGAAAGAUAGUAGAAAAGCAACUACGUCAAGAACUAAGAUGCACUGAUAACCGAGAGUCAAUCAAUAGGACCGCAUCAAUAAAAAGAAGACUCGAAAAAUUCAAAUAUGUCGCUAGUUCGAUUCCUAUUUUAAAGAAUUAA